CUGAAUUGUAACCGUUCAAAGUGCAUUGAGCCCUUUGUUAACAUUUCAAACAGAUCGAAUACGCCAUACACAUACGUCAACCUACAAAUAUGUCCUCCCUCAACCUCAUUCCAAAGACCUUCACGUCCACGGUCCGUCUCGCCCUGAUCCAACUUGCGACCACAGCGGACAAAUCAACCAACCUCGCCCGCGCCCGCAAACACGUCCUUGAAGCCGCCUCGAACGGUGCGCGGAUCGUGGUGUUACCCGAGUGUUUCAACUCACCAUAUGGGACUCAGCAUUUCCCGAAAUAUGCGGAAGCACACGAAGAGGGCGCGGACUCCUAUAAAGCUCUGAGCGAGAUGGCAAAGGAAGGUGGUGUUUAUUUGGUGGGUGGGUCUAUUCCGGAGAAGGAGGGCGACAAACUCUUCAACACCUCUUAUUCAUUCUCCCCCUCCGGCACACUCCUCGCCAAACACCGCAAACUCCACCUCUUCGACAUCGAUGUCCCCGGUAAAAUCCGAUUCCAAGAGUCAGAGGUCUUGACAGGCGGUGAUAAAUUCACCUCCUUCACAACCGAGUUCGGAACGAUUGGGGUGGGGAUUUGCUAUGAUAUCAGGUUUCCGGAGAUGGCGAUGCAUGCUGCGAGGAAUGGAGCGUUUCUGAUGGUUUACCCGGGCGCUUUUAAUUUGACGACGGGACCGUUGCAUUGGGAGUUGUUGGUGAGGGCGAGGGCGGUGGAUAAUCAGAUUUAUACGGCUGUUUGUUCGCCGGCGCGGGAUACGUCUGACGCGAAUGCCUAUCAUGCGUGGGGGUAUUCGACGAUUGUCGAUCCUAAUGGCGAGAUUUUGGCAAAGGCUGGGUUGGGGGAUGAGGAGGGAAGGAAGGGGUGUGAGGAGUGUAUCGUUUAUGCGGAUGUGGUCCCGGAGCGGAUGCAGGAGGUUAGGAUGGGCAUUCCGGUUACGCAGCAGAGGAGGUCAAGAGUGAGGCUAUCUGAAUUUGAGCUGGACCGGGGAGUGUAGGUCUGUAGACGGUAGUCUGGUGCGUCAUCGUCCUCAUACUCUUCCUAAAUCUCGAUCACAAAAGACUCAGAUGCCCGAGUACGUAGAGAGUAUUCUGGCUGAAGUCUCCGCACUCCGGUUCUUGUAACUGGACCUAUGGUGACACGACUCCCUCGGGAUUGCCAAGCUUUGACUCG